AUGUCUGACGAAGAACAUAUCUUUUUAGCAAGAGUUGCUGAGCAAGCUGAGAAAUUCGAGGAUAUGGUAAACUACUUGAAGCCAGUCUUAGAUAGCAAGGGUGCUGCUUUAAGCACAGAUGAGAGAAACCUCUUAAGUGUAGCCUUCAAGAGUUUGAUUUCUUCAAAGAGAGCAGCCUGGAGAACUAUCACUGCCAUUGAGCAAAACCCCAAGUACCAAAAAUUCGGAGAUGCCCUCGGAGCCUACAAGAAGAAAAUCGAGAGCGCUCUCUAUGCUGAUUGUGAACACAUCAUCGACAUCGUUCAAUCAAAGGUACUAAGCAAGAGUUCAGAGGAGGAGCCAAGAGCUUUCUUUGUCAAAAUGGUCGGAGAUUAUUAUAGGUAUAUUGCUGAGACCGCUCAAGGAGACAAACUUGAACAGGUUAAGCAAGCUGCUUUGAAGGCUUAUGAUGAAGCCAACUAGAUUAGUCUCCCACCAUGCAAUCCAAUCAAGUUAGGUCUAGCUCUGAACUUCUCAGUAUUCUAUUAUGAGGUUAUGAAGGAUCAAAAGAGAGCAUGUGAAUUAGCAGAAGCAGCUUUGUCAUUGGCUUUAGAUAAGAUCGAUGAGAUUUCAGAGGAUGACUUCAGAGAUGCCAAGUCAAUUAUUGAGCUUCUUAAGGAAAACCUUACUCUUUGGAAAGAAGAAGAAAGUGGAUAGAUUGAUGACCUAUGA